AUGCCCAACGUUGCAGGACCAAGGAGCAACAAGCGAAAAACUCUCAUGGCAGUCGUUCACUCCAUUAUGCUUUAUAGAGCAGAGGUUUGGGCGGACGCAAUGAAAUUCAAUAAGUAUCACCCCAAACUAGCUUCAGUUCAAAGAAAAGGAGCUCUAAGAGUAAAGUGUGCUUAUCGCACUGUUUCCAAAGCGGCGAUUUUGCUCUUAGCUGGCAUAGUCCCCAUUAACCUUUUGGCUACCGAGAGGGUCUUUCAGGCUAGAAAAGAGAUGAAGGCAAAGAAAUCCUUCGUAGUGAAUGAGCAGAGAACAUGGGGAGCUGUCCUUCCACCUAACAUAACUGCAAAGUGGUCCCGAUAUGCGGAAGGGGUUCUGAAGGAAAAGAAGAACCAAAAGAAAGAACAGCUGAAAGUGUGUGAAAAUCUGCUGAUCCGUUGUCGAAGGCUAACGAUCCGUAGUGUUAUUCUAAGUUACACAGCUGAGGUUGACGCGUUACACCGAAAUCGGGAAGAAAAGAGAAGAUAA